GCUUGAAGCGAGAUUAGGAUAAGCACAACGGAGUCUAUGGAGGAGAUGGUCUGAUCAAAGCUUUCCUUUGCAUCAGCUCACUGAGAAAUAAAUUAACCUUAUUGGGACCACACAAGAAAUAAUCAAAGAUUUGAACAAGGCAUCUGUAUUCUUUUUCUAAAGUACAUAAAAAAAACAAGGCUCAAUUUAAUAUUUUCUAAAGUUUGACGGGGCCACAACACUGGCGGCUCAGUCUAUAAAAGCACCUAACGUUGAUCACUUCCAUGUAUGCUUAUGUGAGAGCUAAACAAAAUUCAGUGCAACAUUAUUAUGGGUUUCUCGCCUUCUCUGUUUGCCUUCAUGAGCUUUCUUCUUUCACUCUCGUUGUUUUAUCUUAUAUUUGCUGGCUUCUUUUCUUUUGUGCAUCCACUUUGCCAUGAUGAUGAGAGCUUUGCCUUGUUGAAAUUCAAGGAAAGCUUUACCAUCAAUCAAUCUGCAUCUGAUGAUCCCUCCGCUUAUCCGAAGGUUUCGUUGUGGAAGCCUGAAAGUGGCGAUUGUUGCAGGUGGCGUGGUGUCAAGUGCAACGAGGACACGGGUCAUGUGAUCAGUAUCGACCUCAGCAGUAGUUGUCUUUAUGGCUCUAUCAAUUCCAGUAGCACUCUCUUCCAGCUUGUUCACCUCCAGAGCCUUAAUCUUGCCGACAAUCACUUUAAUUUUUCUCGUAUCCCAACUGCUUUUAGACAGCUUUCUAGGCUAACAAACCUCGAUCUCUCUGCCUCAGCAUUUUCUGGUCAAAUCACUUCAGUAAUUUUAGAGCUCUCUAACUUAAUUUCCCUUGAUCUCUCAAGCAAUUAUGGAUUGAAGCUCCAAAAGCCUGGCCUCAGAAGUAUAGCUCAUAGGUUAACAAACUUGAAAGAACUACAUCUUAGUGGGGUUGACAUAUCAUCCACUGUACCCAAUAUCUUGGCAAACUUAUCUUCUUUAACAUCUCUAUUUCUAAGAGAAUGUGGCUUGCAUGGUGAGUUUCCCAUUGGAAUUUUCCAUCUACCCAAUCUUCGGUCUCUUAGUGUGAGAUACAAUACAUAUCUCAAAGGAAGUAUGCCAGAAUUUAACCAAAGCAGCCCCCUCGAAUUUCUGGGACUUUCUGGGACGAGUUUCUCUGGUGAGUUACCGAGAUCAAUUGGUAACCUUAAGUCCUUAGAUUAUUUUAGGGCUACAGAAUGCAAUUUCUUUGGGCCAAUACCGUCUUCACUUGCUAACCUUACCCAACUAAUCAUGCUACAAUUAGGAAUGAAUGGGUUGCGUGGUUCAAUUCCACUGUCAAUAUCUAGGCUUGUGAAUCUUGAGAAUCUCGAUCUAUAUUCUAAUCACUUGAGUGGCACGGUGGAAUUUGACUUGUUUAUGAAACUCAAAAACCUCAAGUCACUCCAACUAUCAAGGAACAAUAUUUCAUUGCUUACAAAGCCAAGUACCAACGCAACUCUUCUAAAAUUUGAAAUUUUAACUCUAGGUUCCUGUAACUUGAAUGGGUUUCCAGAUUUUCUAAGGAACCAAGAUGAGUUGGGGCUUUUGGAUCUUUCUGCCAACAAAAUUCACGGCCAAAUUCCCAAACGGAUGUGGAGUUUAAGUAAAGAAACUCUUUGGUCAUUAGAACUGAAUUCCAACUCUCUUACUGGUUUUGAUCAACUUCCGGCUUUUCUCCCUUGGACUAAUCUACGUAUCUUGGAGCUUAGUUCUAACAAGCUUCGAGGGUCACUCCCAAUCCCACCACCUUCCAUCAUUACGUAUUCAGUCUCAAACAACUCAUUGACCGGACAAAUCCCACAACGGAUUUGCAAUCUAAGUUCAGCUUUUACUCUUGAUUUGUCAACCAAUUACUUGAGUGGCUUGCUUCCUAAAUGUUUAGGCAACAUGAGUGAAUCUCUCUCAGUUCUAAAUCUACACGGCAAUAGCUUCCGUGGAACUAUUCCCGACACAUUCUCAGAAGGAAAUGAAUUGAAGAUGAUUGAUUUUAGCCAAAAUCAAUUACAGGGGCGUCUACCAAGAUCAAUGGCCAAUUGUACCAUGCUUGAAGUUCUUAAUCUGGGACACAAUCAGAUGAAUGAUACUUUCCCUUUUUGGUUGGGAAUUCUUCCAGAGUUGAGGGUUCUCAUUUUGCGAUCUAAUGGAAUCUAUGGUGCAAUGGGAAAUCCUAACAGCAGUUUUGAUUUCCAAAACAUGCGCAUCAUUGACCUCUCUAAUAAUGAGAUUACUGGUAAGUUGCCAUCUCAAUACUUCCAAACUUGGAAAGCUAUGCGAAUAGUUGAUGUUAAGGGUUUAGUGUAUUUGCAAGCAAAUGAAAGUUUCACAACACUGGGAAGCAGGUUUUUUGGCUCCUACCCUUACUCAAUGACAUUUACUUACAAAGGCACAGAGAGAGUAUACGAAAAAAUCACAGAUUUAUUCAUAGCCAUUGAUCUUUCGGGUAACAGAUUCGAAGGGAAAAUUCCAGAAGUUGUGGGAUAUCUAAAAGGACUCCAGUUGCUCAAUCUUUCCAACAACUUUCUCACAGGUCCUAUCCCUUCUUCCUUGGUGAACUUAACAAACGUAGAAGUAUUGGACUUUGCUCAAAACAAGUUGUCUGGUGUGAUUCCUCUGCAACUCGUGCAACUCACUUUCCUCGCAUUCUUUAAUGUCUCUCAUAAUCAUCUCAUGGGACCUAUACCACAUGGGAAUCAAUUUGACACAUUUUCAAACAGUUCUUACAGUGAUAAUCCUGAAUUAUGUGGAAGCCCUUUGUCAAAUAAAUGUGGAAAUUCAAGAGACUCACCGCCUCCGCCUUCAACUUUUGAAGAGAAUCAAAUGUCAACAUCCUCAUUUAAAUUCGGUUGGAAAGUAGUUGUAAUGGGAUAUGGUUGCGGAUUCAUAGUUGGGCUUGUUGUUGGGCAAAUUGUGUUUAGAAGAAAGUAUGAUUGGGUUAUGAAGACUUUUGCAAUCUGGUAGCCAACACGAAGAAGGGUCACUUUCCGCCUCUUCCCGCUUCUUCCCUAGACG